ACCCGAGUGAAUCACAUCCCACAAAGCCUUGCUGCCGCCAUAGGAGCGGGUGACAAACGGAAACCUCAAAACCGACGACACUUCCUCUACAUCCGAGUUCCUCAGCCGCCAUUCUUCUAGACAGGCACAGCGCUUAGAAGGUGUCAUUUUUUUUAUGAAUUGGGUAUCGAUAUUUCUAUGGUUUCGAGCUCUCUUUUGUCCAGAAGAAGUUGUUUUUUCAGCCGAGGUUUGCAUGUUGUAGGUAAGCAACUCUCUUGCCCAUGUAGUGAAGACAUUGUAUUCAAAGCAAUCUGCGUUAAUUUACGACAUAGGAGAUGGAAAUUUUUCGAUCAUGUGUUCCCAAGUCUCACAGAUGCAUUAGUGAGUCGUGUUAUCGGCGAGUUUCGGAACUCACCUCAGUUAGCCUUGGAUUUCUACAAUUGGGUUGGGGAGAAAAAAGGGUUCCAACUCUCAUUGGCUUCCUGUUGUGCUCUAAUUCAUGUGAUGGUCAGGUCGAGGAGAUUUGAUGAUGCCUUAUCUCUAAUGGAGAAAUUAAUCCAUGUUAAUGGAAUGACCCCAUUGGAAGUAUUGGAUGGUUUGUUGGAUAGUUAUGAAUUCCAUGAUUCAUGUCCUGCGGUUUUCGAUGCAUUGGUAAGAGCUUGCACUCAAUCUGGGGCUACGGAAGGGGCUUACUUAGUCAUUAAGAAGCUGAGAACGGAUGGUCUUCUUGUUACUAUUCAUGCUUGGAACAAUUUUUUGAGUCAACUUUUAAAGUUAAAUGAGAUUGUUAGGUUUUGGAACAUGUAUAAGGAAAUGAUUUCAUAUGGGUAUAUUGAGAAUGUUAAUACUUUUAACUUGGUUGUUUAUGCUCUUUGCAAGGAAUGUGAAUUACUACAAGCUAUUUCGACAUUUUAUCGGAUGUUGAAGAGUGGGAUUCGGCCUAAUAUUGUUACUUUCAACAUGAUGAUAGACGGAGCUUGUAAGAUGGGUGACAUAGAGCUUGCCUUGAAGCUAGUCGAGAAGAUGGGUGUGAUGUCCAAGUACUAUGUUUCACCCAACACCAUAACUUACAAUUCCAUCAUUAAUGGAUUUUGCAAACUAGGGAAAGUGGCAUUUUUGGAAGAAGUCGUUAAUGAAAUGAUUAAGGUAGGUUUCAAGCCUGAUGUAAGGUCCUAUGCGACAAUGAUAGAUGGUUAUGCCCGGAGAGGGUGUUUGGAGGAGGCAUUAAGACUGUGUGACGAAAUGGUUGAAAGGGGCUUGACUCCUAAUACGGUUGUUUAUAAUUCAGUUCUCCAUUGGCUUUACUCGGAAGGUGAUAUCAGGGGAGCUUCUUUGGUAUUAUCCGACAUGAUUGACAAGCAUGUAUUUCCCGAUCAAUUUACCUACUCCACAGUCGUACAGGGGCUUUGCAGAAAUGGAUAUAUGAUGCAAGCUUUUAGAUUUCAUAGCCAGGUUUUGGAAAAGAAUGUCAUUGAAGACACGUUUUCGCACAAUAUUCUCAUCAAUUACCUUUGUAAAAGCAAUGAUUUAUCAGGAGCCAUGCAACUCGUGGGUAGCAUGUUUAUCCAUGGUUUAAUUCCCGACUCUGUCACAUAUGGUGCUUUAAUUGAUGGGCAUUGCAAGGAAGGGAAGCUAGAAAGUGCUGUGCAGGUUUACGAAAAAAUGGUGAAGGUGGAAAAAGAACCCAACAUAGUGAUAUAUAACUCUAUUCUUAAUGGAUUGUGCAAAGAGAUGUCAGUGGAUGUUGCAAGACGGAUGAUAGAUUCAUUAAAGAGUAUGGGUUUAUCUGAUUCUGUAACAUUUAACGCUCUCCUUAACUGUUAUUGUGGCCAUGGUGAUAUCGGGGAGGCAUUUGCUCUAUUCUUGGAGAUGACAAAGGUAGGGAGGUUAGUAAACACAGUAACUUACAACACAUUGAUAAACUUUCUUUGCAAGUGUGGGUGCUUUCAACAAGCAAAAGAACUAAUGAAGAGAAUGGAUCUAGAGGGCCUGACUCCGGAUUUUAUAACAUACACGACACUGAUUACGUAUUCUGCUAAGAACUGUAGUCCAGAUGAAGUUAUUGAAUUGCAUGACUACAUGGUGCUUAAAGGAGUGGUUCCUUACAUACCGACAUACCGGGCUAUUGUUAGCCCCCUUCUCAGGGAAGAAAAUGAGCAGACAAGAGUUUAGCUUUUAUAUUUUCUUACUCAUGUUAGAACAGUUUUCAUUAUUUGUAU